AUGAAGGGCCCGUGCGAAACAGCCAUGGUCAAGUCUUUGCUCCUGUUCAUGUUGGGAUUUGCCAUUCUGACAGAGGUAGCAGCUCGGAGGAACCCCAAAGCAGGGGUGCCUGCCCGGCAGAAGCCUGGGAAUUGCCCUCCCCUGGAGGAGAACAGUGUGAGAGUUGACAUUCGCAUCUUCAAUCAAAACCAGGGUAUUUCUGUCCCACGUGACUUCCAGAACCGCUCUAGCUCCCCAUGGGAUUACAACAUCACCCGAGACCCCCACCGGUUCCCCUCAGAGAUCGCUGAGGCCCAGUGCAGACACUCAGGCUGCAUCAAUGCCCAGGGUCAGGAAGACAGCUCCAUGAACUCCGUCGCCAUCCAGCAAGAAAUCCUGGUCCUUCGGAGGGAGCCCCAGGGCUGUUCGAAUUCCUUCAGGUUGGAGAAGAUGCUGGUUAAAGUCGGCUGCACCUGCGUGGCGCCCAUCGUCCACCGCGCGGCCUGA